UUGGCAACUCAGUCACCGCUCAGACGUCAAAGGGGGAGGUUGCGUCUCUCUCUCUCUCACUCUCCCUCUCCCUCACUUCUCCAUAUUGUGAAUUGGAAGUUUGUGUUAAUUUUUUGAAGACUUCGGAUUUAAGCUCGUCUACUACACCUCGCCGCCGACCCCCCCCCUCCUCCCCUCCCCCCUCUCCACCUGUAUUAAUUAAAGGGGGCACUCAGGUUGGCAAGAUGGCGUCGGCAGGCCCCGGCAGGUCCAUCAGGGUGUUGGAGAGGGACGGCUUCUUCGACGACGCUUUCUUCAGGGAGGCGUGGGGGGACUUCGACCGGGCCAUGCAGUCUGUCCUGGACCGCUUCGACUCAACGGGACUGAAGUCCUUACGGUCCUUUCGCUCCCAUCACCCCACCCACACACCCACCCAUACACCCACACACACACGCACCCACACACCUAUCCACGACCCCAUCGAGAUACCCAUCCGCAGAACCACCCAUUCCCUUCGUCCUAUACCAGUGCAUACCCUCAUACGCCUCUCCCCUCCACCUUCCCCGUCGCCACCCCCACCAGCAGCCUCCCCUCCUCCCGUGACACCUGCGCUGAGACGCUCCCUUCCUGCACAGGUUGACGUGGCUUCUCGCUCCCACUGUCGCGAUGUGUACUCCAAGAUUCGCAGCAGCAAGAUAGACGAGGACCUGUAUGCUUCCCAAGCCCUCCAGAUCAAUGAGAAGGACGGCAAGUUCCAGGUGGUGAUGGACGUUAAGGAUUUCAACCCACGUGAGCUGCAAGUAAGGGCGGUGGAUGACAGGAUUGUGGUCGAGGGAUCCUAUCAGAAGACGUCUGAAGAUGGGGCGUCCUCGUCUUGCAAAUCUUUCUACAAGGAAUUCAACCUCCCGCCCGCAGCUGACAUUGACCAGGUCUCCACGGCGCUCUCCAAGGACGGGGUGCUCACUAUCAAGGCGCCCAAGAAGGACGGCGCAGCGAUCACAGACACCCCACAGAGAGGCGCCAACACCUCCACCUCCUCCUCCUCCUCCACAAUGCACCAACAAUUCAGUGACAACUCAUCCGCCACCACGUCCAUCAAGAGCACAUCCACUAGAAAGGUGAUCCAGUCCUCUUCCAGCUUCGAAUCGUCCUCAGAUGGCUUCGAAUCCCUGCCAAAGGAGAUGAGGGAGAAGUUGAUGUUUUGUGACUCCGGCUUCGGCUCCACAAAGACAAGUACUUGCUCCUCUCCCGCCCCGAGUGAAGCAGGCUCAGAAUCCUCUCGUGUUUCUUCGACAAUGGAGUUUGAUUUGAGUAAACGGCAUCCAGUUAGGACAGAAGUGGCUUUUAAUGUUUCCAAGCCAAGCCAGGGUAUGCCACAGCAGCCUCAGCAAGGACAGCCCCCACAGAACAAUCCUAACUUCCAACCACAGCCACAGCCACAGCCACAGCAAAUGCCACAGAUUUUCCAGGGAAUGUCUCAAGGAAUGGCACAACAAUUCCAGCAGUUCCCGUCUCAACAGUUUCAGGAAUUCCAACAGUACCAGCAGUCCCCAACCCCGCAGUAUCAGUCCCCACCACCCCAGCCACACUACCAGUCCCCACCACCACAACAGUUCCAGUCCCCACCACCACAGCACUUCCAGUCCCCACCACCACAACACUACCAGUCCCCCCCACCACAGUUCCCACAGUCCCCUCCACCACAGAGCCAGUUUCAGUCACCGCCACCUUCACAGUACCAGUCUCUUCAGCCACAGUUCCAGAAGCAGCCAGUCGCCCAGCCAGCCACAGGGACAGGCAACCAGACGAGCAUCAGCGUGACGGAAGAAAACGGGAGGAGGGUGAUGACGUCUCAAACCUCAAAUGUAGUGCAGGAGAAGGACGGAUACAAGGAGCAUAAGGAAACCACGGCUGAGAUAACGGAUAAGGACUCACAGGCGGCCAGACGAGAGGCAUCUACUAAGUUGUCGAAAGUGGAGGAAGAUCCGGAAGGGAAGUUUAAGCGAGCGGAGUCGACGGAUGCAGAGGAGGUGAGUGAAUCCUGCAUCCAACACCUCCCAGAUGGUUCAGUGAUGUCCGUUAAGAAGAACUCCACAUCCUCCUCAUCCGUUAAGCAGUCCUUCUCAUCCGCCACUGGGGAUAUGAGUGGGUUCUUCCCCCCGCCUUCCUUCCCACAGGGGUUCGAUGACUUCCGGAACCUAAUGGGACGUGGACACUCCCUCAUGUCCCAAAGAUCGACUGACUCCAUGGGCUCGACUCUCUCUGGAAGGUCUGGUUUCUCCGAUAUGUCCAGUUUCUCUCAGUUCACCGACGCCUCCUCUCCUUUCUCAGACAUGUCCAAUUUCAGCAACAUGUCCUCCUUCUCGCGUUCCAGGAAUAUGCAACAACAACAACAGCAGCAGCAACAACAACAACAGCAGUCAGGAAUGAUGCCCCAAGAUUUCGGUUCUCCCUUCAUGAAGACUUUCUCCACCUCCUCCUCCUCCUCCACCUCCUCCUUCAACCAAUCCUUCUCCUCAAACUUCGGUGAUGGAAACUUCUAAUAUUUAUUGUCUAAUUUUUGUCUCUUUCCUUCAUUAAGUUUAAGUAGCAAGCCAAGCCAAGCCAAGCCAAGCCGAGCCAAGCCAAGCCAAGCCAAGCCGAGCCGAGCCGAGCCGAGCCAAGCCAAGCCAGAAAAUUUAUAUCGUUUAAAUUUUCCAAAACCUUAGUGUUGAUUUUGCGUCGAAGCUUCAAAUCCAGCUUACUUUUUGGCACGUUUAAAAGAGUCCCCCCCCUCCACCUCCACCUCAAUCAUCUUCCUUACCCCCUGCCCUUCCUACCCCUCCCUACCCCCUCUCUCCCUCCCCGGCCAAUCAAAAUGCAGCAUGAUUGAGAGAACGAUGGUGAUUGGUCAAGAGUGUAUGAGUUGGUUACUGUUUUCUUUGUAUUUUCACCGUUUUCCUUCAUUAAUCAUUCAGUUGAUAAGCACAGGAUGAAUAUACAGAUCUCCUCCUCCUCCUCCUCCUCCUCCUCCUCCUCCUCCUCCUCC